ACAGGAAAGAAAAUGGCCGAUAGCGUGGAUAUCGAUCUUUAUGAAAAUAUCGAAGAAGGCUUUGACCAGGAUGGUGAAUUUGGCCAAGAUGCAGAUUUAUAUGAUGAUGUUAUAAUUACACAGAGUAGCAGCAGUGACCAUAAAGAAUUGAUCACAAACACAUCCUUGUCUGAUGAGCCAAAGAAAAAUAUUAUACCGCCAACAUCAGUACCUGCUAGCUACACAGGCCGACGGUACAGUGUGUAUGUUGGGAACCUGCAGUGGUGGACAACAGACCAGGAUCUAACUGAUGCUCUGGCUGCUGUUGGAGUAAAUGAUUUGUUGGAGAUAAAGUUUUAUGAGAACAGAGCGAAUGGACAAAGCAAAGGGUUUGCAAUUGUGAUAGUGAAAUCAGAGACUUCAUCAAGAGCGAUAUUUGACAAGCUGCCUCGUAAGGAACUCCAGGGUCAGACACCUCUGGUUACUCACUGCAACAAGCAGGCCCUUAACAACUUUGAGGCACAAGCUAGGAAAGGAGAACCGCCUCCGCAGCAGAAUGGUCGGGGACGUACAGACAGUCGGGGUGAUGCACAACAGAGGCCAGAUGCACAGAGGUCAGCUCCCCCUCCAACUCAGACCCAGCGCCCGCCCCAGUCUGGUGCCCGUCCUGCUGCUCCAUUCCCCCAGCGGCCCACUGGACCCCCUCCAAUGUCGGGGCCUCCACCAACACAGGGACCCCCACCCCCGACCUCCGGGCCUCCACCUAACUUCUUCCCCCAUGGUAUGCCGCCCGUGUCAAUGCCGCCCGUCAGUAUGGCUCCAGGUGUAGGCCUGGUGCGACCAAUGACAGGUCCCCCUCCAGGAAUGAUGCCUCGUGGUGUGCCUGAUCCCCGUCUUCCCCCUCCCGGCAUCAGACCUGGCAUGCCCCCAGGACCUGAGAGGCUCAGGUUUGAGCCCCCGCCUCCUGGCACGCCGUUUGCGGUGAGAGGUCAGAUGCCACCCCAGCCAGUCCCUCCACCAGGCAUCCGUGGACUUGCCCCCUCUAUUCCUGGCAUGCAUCAUCCUAGGAUGCCACCGACACAGCCACCCCCAGGGGUUCCCCCGCCAGGCCACCACCCCGUGGCUCCUCCAGCUCCGCAUGUAAAUCCUGCGUUCUUUGCCCCAACACAUCCCCCAUCUCUACCACCACCAGUGUCCCAUGCCCCUCCAUCUGCAGAUCCCUAUGGAAGACCUCCACCAUCAACAGUUUACCCAGGAACCGACCCCUACAGAACAGAACGAAGAAGUGAGCCGGCAGCCCCAGCCCUGUCUGAGCAAGAGUUUGAGGAGAUCUUCCAGCGUAACAAGACAGUCUCCAGCAGUGCAAUCUCACGCGCUGUACAGGAUGCUAGUGCUGGAGAUUUUGCAAGUGCAAUAGAGACGCUUGUAACAGCAAUCUCCCUGAUCAAGCAGUCGAAGAUUGCGAAUGACGACAGAUGUAAGAUCCUCAUCAGUUCCUUACAGGAUACACUUCAUGGCAUAGAGGAGAAGUCAUAUGGAUCUAAUCUGAAUCGAUCGAAAAAUUCCGGAGAAGUAACUGAAUUUAAUCAGAAUCGAUUGAAAAAUUCCGGACAAGUAACUGAAUUUAAGUCACGGGAGAGACGAUCAAGGUCACGAGAGCGCGAUCGUGAGAGGGAACGCGAGAAGAGAAGCCGUCACCGAUCUCGCAGUCGUGAACGAGAUUACCGAGAGAGGAGUCGAGAGAGGGAGAGGCGAGAAUACGAUGAACGUCAUCGCGAGGGUCGGGAGGGCCGGGACCGACGUGAGAGUGACAGGGAGAGAGACAGGGAACGAGAGUACCGCAGCAGUCGACACUAGGGCUUGGCCUUUUUACAGUAUAUGUUCUUGAAAAAAGGGGGUGAUCAAAGUAUUUGGUGCUUCCUAGAUAAUUGAUCUCGUAGAAAAUACAAGGUCCAGCGAGUGUUGACCCUGUGGUGGAGGCAGAUGUAGAUCUCAUUUGUGUUAACCAUUGCUUGAUUUAUUAUGUUGUCUUUCAUCCUUAGUAGUGUUUAAGUUAUACAUGCUGGGUUGCUUUGGUGCAGAUAUUGAAGUUUGAAAACUAUCCUUAAAUCACCGUUAGUUCUUAUUCUUUGACUUGUACAUGUAUUAUCAAUGUGUACAAAACUUUUUGUUAAGGAAUGGAUUUAAUAGUUAAAUAUGCCAAAUCUGUUUGUUAAUUUAAUGUUUAUCAAGAAAUUCCGCCAUGUUUGGGAGUAUUUCCGUUUAUUUCAUCUAUAUAUUAACUCCCAUAUCGGAAUUGUGAAAAGUAGGCGGAGCUGAGUAGCGUUCAGUAACUAGCAUGCAGAUAAUUUACAAUGCUUCACGCUUAAAUCGCAUGCUAGUUAUUGAAUGUUGUUCUUGACAACAUGGUUCGUAACAGAAAUGUCAACCACUACCCAUGUGAUUGAAAUUAUACAUUCACAUUGCUGCACCUCUGUAUUAUUUUCAUAAAUCUCGAAGUUGGUGCAGUAAUAAUAUAAUAUUUGUAAUUGUGUACAUAUUUUAUGACAUCGGUUAUAAUCAUUAUCAUUUUGGGCUAAAGUGGAAGUAAAAAAAAGUAAUAAUAUAAAAACUAACGUUUUUGUUCGUCGACUGCUCUUUCUUUUUAAAAUUAAACGAUGACUGGCAAGUCUUGGUAAGUAUCAUUGGCUAUUACUCUCUGAAAACAGUGGGUAAUCAUAGUUUUUACGAAAGGUAACAUAUUUUUUGUCUCGUAAACUUAAACAUUGACUUUCUCUGUAUUCAUUAUGUGGUAUUAAUGAGUAGAAUUGAAUAUUUUGUUUUUAGGAAGUGUUUUCAAAUGAUGAAAAAAUAUGUGUUUUGGACAGUCACUUUAAUUUAAUCGGUAAACUCAAUUUGAAGGAAAGUUUGAUAAUUUAAUGGAUUUGGAGUAUUUUGUUUUGUGUGACAAGAAUUUGCCUAUCUUUUUGUUUGUUUUGAUUUUUUUUGUCCCACAUAAUGUUACAAACUGAUUAGAUUUAAAUAUUUACUAAUUUAAAGUUUGGCAAACAUAGACUUUAGUCUAUGAGUUUAACCAUUUACUGUUAAAAGUCUUGUUUGUUCAAAGCCUAUUUUGAUUGUAAUGGUCAGCACUCACCUUUUCUUAAAAGGAAGCUCCUUAAUCAUAUAUUGUUAUCUGUAACCUUGUGUUGGCAUAUGUAUAAAGAAAUAUUUCAUAGCAUUUUACACUGUUUGAUAAAGUAUUUUUACAGCCUUAUGUUCCAAUUUAAGUUUUCAUAAAUGUGUAACUAUUUACGUUAACAGAAUUAUACACGUGUAGACUUUGAAAGAAAACUGGACGUACACAUACAUGUAUGAUAAUGUUGGAUAAGAAUAAUAUAGAUUUUCUGUAGAAUGUAUAGGUAUUUUAUUUUGUCUUGGUUUAUCCAUUUUUUUUUGGUUUGGAUUAUAUUACGCAACAAGUGGAAAGCUGAAAGGGCUGUAAAUAUCUGCAUAUAUGUUUAACAGAAACAAUGGAAAAUGGAAUUUGUAAAAAAAUAAAGGUUACAGCCCAAAGCAACCCAGCGAUCUUGUACCACACAAUUUUGCAAAGAUAAGCUGCAGUUAAAUUGAAACUUUCAUCUAUGUCAUUUACCGACAUUACUAUGAACAUGUACAUACUGUUUAUAUAACAGUUUUGAACGAGGGCAGUCUUUGCAAAAUGAAGUGAUUUUGAACUGAAUAUGCAUAAUGUUUUAAACAAGCACCUUUGUAUAAAUGGAUGACUUGUUCUACAGGAGGUGCUUGGUCUUCAUGAUCAUGAAAAUGUGUUCUCGGUUUUCAUUUGUAUGUUACGUUCAGUGCAAUAUUAUUACUCACAGUAUUCUUUUACAGGGCAUGAACAUAAAAAUAAUGAAAAUGACGAGUGAUGUGACUCUUAUACAAAUAAAGUUACCUCUGUGACAUUCUUAAAAUGUCAAACUGAAAAGUUAUUUAUGAUUAUUCAUAAUUUGUGCAAAAUUAUCUAUAAGAGAGGAUGUUGGGUGUCUGUGAUUUGUGCAACUUGAUUCAAAUACCAGUGUAAAUGUUAGAGUUAAAAAUGGAAGUUAUUGUGGACAUUUAGGAGAAUUUAGGGAGCUGAGCACAAGACGGCUGUAACUGCAUAUAGGAAAUGAACCAGUUAUAUCAGUCUUGCAUUGAGCCCUUUCUUUAUACUAGAACACAUCACAAAAAACCUGGGGGUCCUCCUAUUAACAAACAUAUGACAGAAUUACAUAUAAUAAAAAAAGUCAAUUCAAUACAAAAACAGUUUCACAUAUUAAAAUUGAAGUUAAAUAAACUUUCUCUGCACUGACCAGUCAAACAUGUUCAGUAAAAAAUCUUUUGUAAUGAAUAUCUUUGUCAUAUGCUUGUUUGUAAGAAAGGGUCCUCAUUCUUGUAAUAGUGCAGUACAUUCCUUGUUAUUUAUUCAUUGUAAGUGCCAUAGCAAAAUCUAUACUUACGUGCCAAAAAAUUAUAGCUGUUGUCUCUAUAUAAUUGUGAUAUUACAAUUUACAUAUAUACUUGUUUAAACUGACCAUGAGCUCUUUACACUCGGAUAUUCGUUGACUUAUUUUGUUGUUUCACUGUAUACUAAUGCCGGUUUGUCUUUCAGAAAUUCACUUGUAGCUGUGUGCCAAUGAUGGGGCUGUUAACAUUUAUUGUUGAACAUUUGCUUUACAUUUGUUUUGCAUGUAUUCUAUAUGGGGAUAAUCUUUUGUUACAUAAAAUAUUUGUAUGAAUGAAUGUUGAUAUAUGUAUUCAUGUACGUAUGGAGGGAGCAUGUAAAACUGCAUGUAUUUCAUACUUCUGACAUAACAUGUAUCACUCCUACGCACAGGGUACAGAAGGUAGAAAAAUCAGCUCCAAUGCUUUUCAAAUAUUGCUCUCCUGGAGCUAAUUUCUUACCACUGUGUUCAAGAGUGGUACGGCAUAUGUUUCAGUGAAAUAAAAGCUAAUUAUUAUAGUAGUUGUAUUAGCAGAAACCAAUAGUAGAUAGUUUGUCAAUGUUUAGAUUGCUUAUAUUAUCAGAUCCUACAUGAUAUGUAUGAAAUAUAGGUAGAGUAUUUACAUGUUCCCUUAUUCAGUUAGUAGAUAACUGUUUUCGAUAGACAUUUUCUGACUUCAUUUAUGCUGUAUGUGGUUACAUCAGUACAUGUAGUUAGUGACACAAACAAUUUGACAUGACAGGAUGAUAAGUAUAAGUGUGAUAUAACAUGUGUCCCUGCCAUUUAUGAACAAAGCAAGUGGUGAAAGUAUUGGGUUUUAACUGACUGUUUAAAAGUAAAAAGGCAGACAGAACCUUUUUACUCUCACCUCUUGAAAUGUUUAUCAGGGCUGUGGAAAUAAUUCAUUGGUUAACAAUGCUGGUUAGGGACCACUCUUCAACUGUAAAUGGAGGUUUCCGACUGACAACAAAAUAUUUUGUUUAUUUUUAUUUCUAUUAAAUUGAACAUGUUGCACUUUUUGAAUGGUAAAAAAUCUACAAUCCCCUUUGGGAAGAAGUGUGGUGCAAUUAGUUGCAAAAAAGCUUUUCUGUUUUUAAGCUUCAUUUGAACACAAACUGUCAUUUGUAAUCUUAACUGAUUUGCCAAUCCAAGCCUAAUAAUAAGAACAGAAAGAGGUCCUAACCAGUAUAUGAUCUGCAGUUUAAGUUUUGCCUUUUGUUCAUUAUUGAAAACUAAAAAGGAACAUUAAACUUACGAGUUUGCGACAACUCCCUGUGCCAUUUGCUGUUGAUUCGACUUUAAUGACUACCGUACUGUAUUUGUCACAAUGAGAUUAUGCAGGGCUCGACAUUAACAGUCUACUGAAUGUUCCUGACAAAUCAAAGUUGGUUCAGAAUACAACCAAAAUCUUAGAACACAAAGCUAUAAUUUAGCUUUAGGUUUCAAAAGUCAACAAAAUAAAUGAAAAAGGGCCUGACAAGAAUUAUCCUAUAAAAGGAAGAGAGCUCUAUAAAAGUAUGUUUUAGCAGUAUUAUAUAGCACAUCAUUAUUUGGCAUGUUAAUUUAAUUAGUAUAUGACAGGGCAAGCAAAUUUGAACGUUCAAUGUCGAGCUCUGCUAUGUGGUAAAAAAAUAGACAAAUUUAGUUUAUUGGCAUUCCUAAUACACCUAAAAUUGCUUCAUUUCAUUAUGUUUAUAUAAUAUUGCAGUGAUUUUAUUUCACAUUUGAGAAAUAUGUUUAAAAGAUGUAUACAGUCGAAACCCAUUGGCUUGAUUUCUUCGUUGGCUUGAACUUGAUGUCCAGGACCGAUUUUGUUUUAUUCUUUGUAUACAUAUCCACUUUGCUUGAUAUUUGCGAGGCUUGAAGUAUUUUGGCCAGUCCCUGGGAUAUCGAGCCAAUGGGUUUUGACUAUGUUAUGCAAGUAUUAGGGGAAGAAUUUAGACUGACUCUCACUGAUUCAUUAUGUACAUUGUAUCAGAAAAGAAAGGCUUCCCUGCUAAUGAUGAUGUUUGUCUUGCUUGAAUUCAGAUCACCAUACUGCUUUCAAACACAUGGCUUUUUUACUGCAUCAUCAUUAAAUUAGUGUUGACACUCAUGACUCGGCCAAUGGCAUCAUCUGACAGAUUGCGAUUUAACUAUUUAGAAAGCCACUUGACUGACAUAGCAAUUAAGUCAUUUAAUGCUUUUAUUAAGUGGAUUUGUACCGGUUUGCUCAUAUGAAAUUGGUAGUAUAGAGAAACCUCGCCAAAUGCUCAUUAAGUUAUUAUUUAUUUUUGCUUUACUAAAUGAUCUUUUCGACAGCUAGACUCCACAGACUUAUGCCGAAUCAAUUGUUAAGUAAAGCAAAACAUAAGCAAUAACAAUGACUUAUUGCGUUGUAAUGUUUGAAAUCAAAUGAACAAAGCCAUACAAUCGAGCGAAGCCCGACUCAAUUGAUACUCUAGCUCUUUCUACAGAGAUGUGUACAUGCAAUACAAUCCAGAUUUGUUAAGUAUUCUGUGUUUUGAACAUGUUUCAUCUAGUGCAGCAUGUUUUGAUUUUCUUCCUAUUGUUUAUCAUCUAAAUUAAAUUUGCUCAUUUUCAGGAAAUUUCUUAUGAUAAAGUCUCGUGUUCAUUAAAAUAAUUUUCUUUUAUCUCCGAAAGUAAGUGUCAAUAAAAUUAAUUUAGUCUAUUAAUAAAAUAAAUGUUAGUUUAAGUUGAAUGUUAGAUAAAAUAUAAGGGAUGCAAGUCUUUAUGAGUGAGUGAAAUAAAGCCCUAGUACCCACAAGUGAAGUACAUAUAAUCCAUUCUUUGUUGUCAUGGUAAUUCUUAACCUAUUAUUUAGUAUAUUUAUAAGGUAAAUUGAUGGAAAGAGCUGUGAGAACACACACUUGUCCUUUCUAACCAAGAUAUGGGCCAGUUGCGACAUGUUUAAAGGGUAGCUCAGUCUUACACUGCUUGGUCGUUCAAUUUUCUCUUCCAAGGAAAGCAUCCUUUCAGAUUUUUCAGUACAUUCUAUCAUUCUGUCUAUUUUAAUUUGACAUUUUGGGAAGGUAGCUCUUUAUUGAAGCCAAUUGAAAUGGGAUUUUAUCCAUUAUCUGUAAUCUUUAUGUCUGUGUCCCAGCUAAUGCAUUGCCUUAGAAUAAUGGAAGCAAUUUGACUUGUUCUCACUUUUCUUUCGAUCACAAAAUUAAAUAAUGUUUGGUAAUUACUUAAAAAAAAAACUUAUUUUUUUAACUUCUAAAAUAAAUUUCUGAUACCAGUAGGUCUGAGUUUUACUUUUAUAUUUUCAAGAUAAAUCAUUUAUCAUUAAUGAAAAAUAAAGAACUGAUUUUUAAGUACUGUUCAAAAACUCAGAGGAUUUAGAAUCCAAAAGGGAGACAGCUAGUACAGGUUGAUAAGAGACUUAAUAAUAAUAGGGAAUUGACAUUUAAUUUUAAACAUAGGAAGUGUAAAUGCGUGUAGUGUUGAAUUUUAAGUGUUAACUAUCGAUCCGCACUGUAUUUUAGUUAAGAUAUUAUGCUGAUUGAUGCCAGGGUGGCAGUGUUAUUUUUCACACAUGUAUGCUUUGAUCACAUGCUUGACGUUAGUUCCUGAUCAUUACUAAUGUUUGCAUUCUUGAUGACGGUCAGAGUGUUUUACUUUGUGAAUUCGGAACAAGGGAGUAGAUGGAUCAUAUUUCUUUGAUUAUAUUAAGAAAUAAAAGUAUUAAUAAAGAAAGCCAAGCAUGUGACAAAAUAUAUUAAGACACUUGUUGUUUACUGGAAAAAGACAUUUGAUAAGCCAACAAACUUGUUUGUGUAAAAACCAAAUUUCUUUUAUUUUCUGUAAAAUAGCAAGACGUUGUCCAUUGACUCAUGUUUACUGUUACCCAAAUCUCAUGUGACAUUUGUGUGUGUGUAUUGAUGAGUGUUUUUGACAUGUAUAGUUCUAAGUUGUCAUGUUCUUAAACAUAAUAGUUCUGUCGUAUAUCUUCCAUGUAUAUUUAUAUGCACAAUGAAAAGAUUCCUAACUCUGACAGUCUUUUUAUUGGGUAGUUUUGAAAUUGAAUGCACAUCAAAAAUACAUCAAAACAACAAUGACAAUAAUGGUAUAAGAAUGACAUUUCUGUCUCAUUAUAAUAUAAAACAACUAGUUCAAACUGUUUAUAUAAUUUCUAUCAGACUUAACAUCAGCUUUGAUGUUUGAGGUGAGAUUUGAUACUGCUAAAGUUUGUGUUUGGAAGUUCUGUGGAUUUUAGAAAUUCUUUAAAAGUGCUUAGAUGUCAGAGUGAGGAAACUACAGAUGCAAAUAUUAUGCUUGUAUUCAAUUUGUGAUUUUCUUGCUCCAUUUUAGGUACCAGUCUAGUGAGGGAAUGUAUAGAACCCUAGCCAUUGUGUAGUGUAAGAAUUGUAAAUAUCAACAUUGUGGAGACUCACCUUAGAUCAUGUGUUCAUGAUUUUGUCUUGGAUUCAAUCUGCACUAGAGGAUACAACAAUGGAUUACAGAGAGUGAACAUCAAGAGCUCUGGGGAUAUUCUAUGAACAUAAUACUCCAUGUGGAAAUCACCUUGCACACUUCAUCACAAUCAUCAUAAGAGUCAUCUUGGACAAGAACACAGCAGGAAUGAAAGGCAUCUUCAAUUCUUUAAAUCUUUUUAUAACAUUUUUACCUUUAUUUCAGUAAUAAUGGGGGGAUAUCAAAUGUUAUUACUUUUUAAAAGUUUAGCCUGAAUAUAUUUAGACGUUCAACUUUGUUUCAAUAGGGGAGAAUUUGAUAUGAGGAUUUUUCUGUGUCUAUCAUGUAAAACUAUUUGUCCUAAUAAAAAUCUAAAUAUGA